AUGAUCAAAACACUUAAUAAAUAUCGAUUAAUCGGAUGUGCCAUCAAAGUUGCUCCUCAUCAUCCAAUUGAAACAGCUGAAAAUAAAAAUGCCCGUAGAAAACAACAUUAAAAUCCUGCCCAAGUCAGUGGUGUGCGAUGAAAGCACACUAACCGGUGACAUCACCUUCUCCACUGGCUGCGUCGUCCAUCCCAGUGCAACAGUCAUCGCUGAAGCGGGACCCAUAAUAUUUGGCGAAAACUGCAUCAUCGAGGAGUAUGCAACUAUUGCACAUGAAUUAGCCGAAGGUGCCAGCUGGGACGCCAACAACAUACUGAGUAUUGGCAGUCACAAUGUCUUCGAGGUCGGUUGCACGGUUAAAGCAGCGCGCAUUGGCGACAAGAAUGUCUUCGAGAGCAAAAGUUUUGUGGGCAAAGGUGUGACAGUAUCCAGCGGCUGUGUGAUUGGCGCCGGGAUUCGAAUGCGCACUGUGCAAUUGUUGCCGGAGAAUACAAUUGUUUAUGGACAGCAGGCGCUGCAACGGGAAGCAAUUGAUAAACAAGGUUCACAGACACUCCAAAUUGACUUUUUGCGUAAAGUUCUGCCCAAUUAUCAUCAUUUGCGCAAGCCCAACUAUGAUCCCAAGAAGGCGCGCAGCGUCGUCUAGUUAUUGUAUAGUGUAUUUGUGUAUUAAUUAAUCUCCACAUCCUUUGCAUUAAAGCUAUUUAUCUCCUUCUCAAA